AUUCCUUUCCCAGAAAUUAGUUCAUUUACGUUCCGAUUGCUUACGAGGCAUCCUCAGGAAUUUGAUUCCAGCGUUUGCUAAAACCGCGUAAAACUGAAUUUUAAGCAAAGACAUUACGUGUUAUUAUUAUUAUUAUUGUAUCGUCUGCGCUAUAAUUAGAUCAAACAUCGUUUUCUAUAUUCAGGACGCCAUUUUUAAAACGACACACGAUUUCACAGGUCGUGGAACCUAUGCUUAUUCGAGACGUUAUUAACCAAUUUGCUAAAAAAUUCGAAACAAUUUUUCGAUGUUUUGCUUGUUCAAAAUUGCCGUCAAACGUUAUUCUGUCUUGCGAUCUGUCACACCCAAACUCGUCAAAAAUCUAUCGUUUUCAUUUCCAGUCCACCACGACUGUAGACUAUCCAAAACCUUUCUCCAAUGGACUUCAAGUGUUAAAUUUUAGCGAAAAAAGCCAAUAUAUUGUGACAAUGUCACUUGUUGACACUAAGCAAAGAAUGAUACAUGCUGCUGUCAACACCGAUCCGCUCCAACACAACAUGAUAGAAAAUCAGAAACAACCAAUCCACUACGGUCUUAAAGAACGCAACAUUCCGCACAUUAAAAUCAACGAAAUGAAAGAGUUGCAGGUGUGGUACGAUUUCGGUGGCAAACUGGGAGAAGGAGGUUUUGGCAGCGUGAUGAUCGUAACAGAAAAAGGCAGCAAUAAAGUUUGGGCUAUGAAGAUCGUUUCCAAAUCGAAUGCUGGUGUUAAUUUGCAGCUCGUUCAGCAAGAGAUAGGGGUGUUGAAGCUGAUUCAGCAUCCGCAUAUCAUUUACCUUGACAAAAUUUUCGAGUCUUCAAAAAGCAUGUACAUGAUUUUUGAACGGUGCUACGAUUUUGCGAACAUCUACGCACGCCAUAAACCUUUCCCUGAGAGGUUAUCCAAGAAGAUCAUUUCCGAGCUCGUGGAUGCUGUAGCGUACUUGCAUAAAUACGAUAUAGUUCACAGAGAUCUGAAGAUGGAAAAUCUUUUAGUAGGCGAAAACCCGAACGAUCCGACGGAUGAGUACUACAUCAAGCUAACGGAUUUCGGGCUUAGUAUCCACAAGUUCGGCAAAGGUUUCGAAACGUCGCUGCACGAUUACUGCGGCACUCUUCACUACAUGGCGCCGGAGAUCAUCACCAAGCGCGCUUAUACCGAGAUGUGUGACAUGUGGUCCGUCGGUGUUAUCCUGUAUAUGUUACUUGUCGGCAAUUACCCUUUCUUUGCUUCUGACGAAAAGGAACUGAAAGUCAUAAUUUGUACCAAAGAACCCGUUUUCAAAAAGACGGACUUGACUGCUGAAGCUACAAACCUAAUUCUACAGUUGCUGGUAAAAAACCCGGUCAACCGCAUACGAGCGACCGAAGUGUUGCAACAUCCAUGGAUGCUUGACAGAAAACUAUCAAAGAAUAUAGAGUUCAACAUACUUGAUAAAAUGAAAGAGUGGAAAUCCGAAAUGAAGGUGGAGACUGGAAGUGCGUCUGACUGGGUGCUGGGUUCUUUCGAAAAUCUAGAUAAAUCGAGGUCUGUCAGCAAGCAGGCUAUGCAGCUUCCGAAAACCAACAUCAUGUUCGACAGGAAUAAGCGGAGAUCGAGCAAAUCGAAGGAAACACCUCUGAAGCCUUCACAGCACAACAAUCACAAGAAAACCGGGAAAAACGGCGUACCAUAGGACCGCAAAUCAUACGACAUGGUUAUUGUGUAAUUGUGCUUUUAUAGUACAACAAACUGACUUUAUUUAGACAGUUUGUACCUUAUUGAAAUAAACUUUACAAUUCUGAAUUUGGAAGUUAUUGUGGAGCGUGUUCACACAAAAAUCAAAAUAAAACAAAGUGGUAUGAAACAAUUUGUAUCCAUCGUUUAUAGUUCACUCAAAAAUCAUACAACACUGUUACAAAUCAAUUUCUACAGAUCAUUAUUUAUUGGGUAGACAAACAUUUUGUAAAACUUUCUUUUCUGUAGUAAAAAUAUAAUAUAGAAGUGAAGUGCGAUCACCCGGCUGUCACAAACAAAUCAGUUGGAAUGAGUUCAGCCAAAAACUUCAAGUUAAUUACUUGGAGAACUCAUCUUUGGUCAACUUUUGUCAAGUUACGGCGUAAAACUGAUAAAAAUAAAGUAACAGAAGAUUAAAAAAAAUAGAACUGCGUGAAUAAAAUGCAACGAUGUCGAUGAGGGAUGGCGAAGUCAAUAACUUGGCAAAAGUCGCAGAAUGAGUUGCCCAUGUAAAUUAAGACGAGAAUUUGGCAGUGUAUGAGGCGACGACUAGCACCGCAAAAACCGUAUUUCCUUAAUUAAAUACAUCUCAUAAAAAAAGAAAUAAUUACAAUGUAUUAUCGUACAUAUAGUAAACACACGGAUCUAAAAACAUAUUAGACUAAGUUCUAUGUUAGCCUACAAGUUAACACCUUAUUGCCCUUCUGCGCUCGACAAACUGGUACAACCAUUACACAAUAACGGUCGUUCCCAAAUAGAAAUACACUUUAAUUUUUUGAAGGCUUUCCUGAGAAAGCCGCGGGUUCAGCGACAUCUUCAAAAAACAUUUUUUGUACAAGUAUUUAAUUAAAAAAAAAAGAAAAAAAAAA